UUCAGAGAGGCUAGAUCAGUAAACCUGUUUGUAAACAGGCAGCUCGACACAUCUGUGAUUUCCAAAUCUAAAGCAGACAGACUACGUCUUGCUGCAAACUGUUCUCUGGUUAUUAGGGAGGUCACAGCUGAAGAUGCUGGUCGAUACGACUGCAGACAGUCUGACCUGACAACACAACCACAUGAAGAUCAUGUGGUUUUUAUCUCUGUUGUCAACGUGACUGAGCAGAAGAGAACUGAUGAGGUGACGUUGAGCUGCUUUGUGUCAGCAUAUAGAAGGUGUUACCUCACAGUGAAGUGGCUGUAUAUGAAUAAAGAUGUGAGUGAAGACAACACUGAACUGAAGACAUCACAGUCUUCCUGCUCGGCCAAUGUGAGCUUCAAUAAAUCCCAUUCUGUUCACAAGAUGAAGAACUAUAGCUCAUUAACAUGUAAAGUGAAGGAUCGUGACAAAGAGGAAAAGUUUGCCUUCAUUUCUCCGUCAUCAGAAGGAAAGAACAAACCAGCUCCAGGAAACAAUGAGAUGACAACAGAUUGGUGGUGGUACAUUCGUCUGGUUGUGGGUUUUGCCACAAUCGUAACAAUGGUUGUGAUUCUCAUCAGAUGGAGAAGAAACAAGAUCCAGGGUGGUGAUGAUGCAGUGAUCUACAGCACUGUGGAAGCUCCCUCCUCUUCUACUGGACCCUCAGCUGAUCCCAGCAGCCUCUAUGCCAACGUCACAAUCAUACAAUAGUAGAGUUACAUUUGACAUCGAUAUAUUUAUAUUAGGAAUCAUUUGCUACAACUUUCUGCUGUGAAAACAAAGUCACUCGUAAUAAUGUGAUUCUCAUUAGAUAGAAAAGAAACAAAGGUGGGAACAUUCCCAGAGGAAACUGUGAUUUAGUUUAAACCAUUGCCAAGGCCCGACAGUCUGUAAAGUUUGAUAUAAAAAGUCACUUUUAUCGUGUGGACUGGAUUUAACCAGUUUUCAGCCAUUUUAUUGAUUCUUGAAGUUUGUCGUCCAAAAGCUGGAAUAUUUUAUACUGUAUCUUCAUGUUCUUCUGAUCCAGCUGUUAUUCUUAUACAUUACAAUGGUGACGUGUUAUUUGUAAGAAAAUUGUACUUUCUUGAUUCUUCUUGUUCUGGGUUUGUUCCUCAUGGUUGAUGCACUUAUUCUAAGUCGCUUUGGAUAAAAGCGUCAGCUCAAUGAAAUGUGAGGAAAUGUAAUGUAUGAUGAUAUGAUAUGAAUGAUUGUAUAUGAACCAAUGUGUUGUAAAAAGCGUUUUGCCCAGAGUGCCAGAAGGGGGAGCUGUAUGUUAAGUUACUGCUGCAAUGUUUAAGUAAUAAUAAUAAUCAUAAGAUGGUAUAUCUUCAUAUAGAUAUCGUACGUUUAGCUUAAUGAGCCGGCUGUUAUAGACAUGUUAGUGUUUUAUGCUGUGAUGUAGAUACUGCAGGUUGAUACUUCCAGGUUUGAGUUG